GACGAAGAUAAGCGGUGCAUAUCGAACAUGCACCCAGCGAAGCUUUUUCUUCUUUCAUUUCUUGCAGGUGUUCUCGCCACCCCGGUACACCAUGCUAUCCGACGGCAUAGAAGAGAUGAAAGCACGAAAGUAAAUACGACAACAACAGAAGCAAAAGAAGAUGGUCCAGAUCUUCCACCACUUCCACUGGAUUACGAUGAAGAGGAGGACAUUUAUAUGUCACUUGAUGAUCCACGAGUUGGCACCGUUGAUGAGGAAGGAAACGUUCUGGUGCCUGUCGAUGACGAUGGAAAUGUUCUUCCAGGUUUCGAGCAUCUCGUACGUCCUCUGCAAGUGAAGGUACAGGAGGAUGCAGUGCCUGAGACAGACGUCCUUGAAAAGGCAGCUUCGUUGGCUAAAGUGAUUGUACCGGCGCUGAAGAUCGAACACCAACAAGCUGAACAAGAACAACAAUCCAAAGACGUUGACGACAGCAAUGACGAUGAAUCCGGAACGGAACCGGAGAUUUCAAAGCUGCCACUUUUGAACGAUUACGUGGAUUCGAGAGAAAAGACUGAAAAUCGUCGACGAAUAGGAUUUGGCGUUAAGCCAGAAUCUCCGUCAGGUGCAGUGGUGAUGAAAAAUGUGACUGUAAUUGAAAAAAUCAAUCCGGACAUGGACGAGAAUGCUAUCAAUGUCAAUGAAGAGCCAAUAAGUGAGGCUGAGGAAAAUGCGAUUGAUGAGAUUUUUGGUUUAAACAAAGACGAAGAUUUAGAGAAGGAAAUGGAAAAAAUGGAUGAUUACGAAAAAGUUGGCGUAGAAAAAAGCAAAAAACUUUUCCUAGGAGAAAGUGUGUCAUCUGAGGAAAUCGAAGGAAGUGAUAGAAAUGAUGAAGAAUCUCCUCUUAAACCAGUUCGUCCUCAAAUAGGUGGAGGGGUCAAGGACGAAGAAGAUGCUAGAGUUCUUCCAAAAGACGAAGAAGAAUCGCGAAAGCUGUUUGAUGAUCUUAGAAAGGCCGAUUUGCUUGGAUUGGAUGUUGGCUCCAAUCCAAAUAAUUCCGUAACAAAAGUUCUGUCGAUGGCAGCUCUUCUUUUGAUUGGUUUUGUACUUCCUUUGUAA